AUGCUGUCAUUUAAAGGCGUCCGACAUGCAUAUUCUAUUUGUGGCUAUUCAAUAUCGCUUUUUUUAAGAAGCCCUCCUUCACAUUCGUCAUUUGUCACGGCGCAAAGAGGCUCGGUGUCAAACGUCACUGGCGGCGGCGCAUUUUGCACAGCUCCCGCGGGGCGAAAUUUUUCUAUUUCCAGGUCACUAAGAGCAAGGCAGUCGACAGAGUCAGAAACAACAAGCCAAGGAGACAUUGAAAAGGUUGUGCGGGAUGCAAAGCAACGAUUUCGUGACACACUACCGCCCGGCUACCUCAACGAUCAAGAGUAUGCGCUGUACGAACGACUGUAUGGACCACCCUUACGAGAAACCAGACCAGAAGAUGUCGGAAUUGACACCCAUGCGGAUAUGGGACCUGUUUUCCCCCGGCCAGACGGCGAGGGCACCCUAUUGCGACAGCUUGAAGGCGGCGAGUUCGAAGAGGUGACCUACAAAAUCGACCGGCAAGCAAAGCCUAUAGAGGAGUCGUAUGACAUUGAUACGGAAUAUCCUGACACUAUAGAACACGAUAUAAUCGGAAAACCUCCUGGGUAUGUGGAUAUUGUGGCUCGAAGUCAGAGGGAACAUGAUGCUCUGAAGAGACUAGCGGCGGACUUCGAGACCGCUCAGAAGAGCAGAGUCCAGAAAGAAGAUGAGAAAGCGGACAUAGAGGAAGAGGAUGAAAGUUCGUCCUGGUUGCCGGAAGAACAACCAGGCUUUGGCGGACGAGACUUGGGAGAAACCAGACGAUUCCAUCGAUACACUCUGGAGGGCAGGUUUCAAGGUAGUCCUGUUGAAAUACCGCUGCCCAGAGACGAGUUGAUAUCACCUGUCCGGGAGCUUCUUGAGCGAACUCAUCUGAAACAUGUCAAACAAGCCGCGGAGGCAGCCUUUGGUGGGCCGGGGCUCCCAACCUCGCCCUCCACGCCCGAAGGACGCAAGAAUGGCUUGAUGGGAGGAGUUGGGCUCCCUCCUGAUCAGCGACAGAUGUCUGAAAUUGAAGCAGAUGCGUUCCUCGCAGGCUAUCUACCUCCGGCAUACGCUUCGAUCAUGUCGAUUCUACGAGAAGUUCGGAAACGAGUAGGCAGCGAAUGGAUACAGUCUCGCCUCAAGCAGGGCAAACAGGGUGGUUUGAGCGUCUUGGAUGCAGGUGCUGGCGGAGCUGGCUUAAUAGCGUGGGAGCAAAUCAUCAACGCCGAAUGGGACUUGCUUAAGGAGAAGGGCGAGGUCAGCGGGCCACAACCAACGGGCAAGAAGACGGUUAUUGCUGCGUCAGAUCGCCUACGGUACCGCCUGAAGAACUUUUUACACAACACCACGUUUUUGCCGCGGCUGCCCGAUUACGAACACUCAGGUGAAAUGCAAGGCGAACAUCUUGACGCCGGAACCAAGCCACAGACUCGAAAGAGCUUUGACAUCAUCAUUGCUUCGCAUCUGUUCCUCAAGGAGAAGCAGGACCACUACAGGCAGGCUAUUCUUAACAACCUCUGGAGUCUGCUUGAUAAGAAUGGCGGUGUUCUCGUCGUCAUUGAAAAGGCACACCCCAGAGGCUUCGAGGCGGUGGCUCAUGUUCGAGACACUGUACUCAACCAGUUCCUCCUCCCACAGUCUGGGGAAGCUAGAGUCAGCGCCGAAGACUUCAACCCAGCAUAUAAUCGGGAGCUUGAGCCGGGCCACAUCAUCGCGCCAUGCUCCAACCACGGGCCAUGUCCCAUGUACAAGGAGUCCGGCAAGAGCAAGGGCCGCAAGGACUACUGCCACUUCAACCAGCGCUUCGUGCAGCCGUCAUUCUACAGCCAGAUGCUCGGAAAGCACGCAAACAACCAGGGCGAAGUCGAGUUCAGCUACGUUGCGAUCCGGCGAGGCUUGCCCAAGAGCAGCCAGCUCACGGGGCCAGCAGCCACGGCGCAAGCAUUCCAGGGCUACGAAAAAUCACCAGAUCACCCCGACAUGCAAACACUGCCGCGACUUGUCCUGCCGCCGCUGAAGCGCAAAGGCCACGUAACACUGGAUCUCUGCACGCCAGAAGGCAAGAUUGAGCGGUGGACGGUGCCCAAGAGUUUCAGUAAGCUUGCCUACCACGAUGCGCGAAAGUCAAGAUGGGGAGAUUUAUGGGCACUGGGGGCAAAGACGAGAGUGGCGCGCAACGUAAGGGCUGGCAUCGGCAAAGACGACGGAGGGAAACGCGCAGCGGCCGCCGACGGCAAAAAGCCUCGCAAGGUCGAGAUUGCCAUGGACAGCGGGCGACUGUCAGCGACAGAGAAGAAUGCGCUCAAGGACAGGAGGCCUAAGAGCAAGGCCGCCAAGCAGCGCGACUUGAUGAAGGAGCUGUUUGAUGCAGAAGCCAGGGAAGAGGCAGAGCUAGACAGGGAACUCGACGAGGAGGCCGAGGCGGAGCUGGAAGAGGCGGAAAGACGGGCCCGAUUGCGCUAA